AUGGAGGAUGUUAGAGGAUUUAAGGUAGUUGAUCUUUAUGUUAAACACAAAGUUGAAGAAAUGAGUAUUGAGGAUGUUAUUUUUGAGGAGGAUAAUGGUGAAAAAGGCAAUGGUGAAGGAGAAAAUGAUGAAGAGGUUAAUAUUGAGGAGGAUAAUGGUGAAAAAGGCAAUGGUGAAGGAGCAAAUGAUGAAGAGGUUAAUGUUGAGGAGGAUAAUGGUGAAAAAGGCAACGGUGAAGGAGCAAAUGAUGAAGAGGUUAAUGUUGAGGAGGAUAAUGGUGUUAGCGUUGAUAAAGAGGUUAGCGUUGAUGAGGUAGAUGAUGAGAGUGAAACAGAUCCAGAUUAUAGCAUGGGCAGUGAGGAUGACGAGGAAGAGGAUGAAGAUUUGGAAGAUGAAAUUGAUGUGAUGAAUUUAGGUGUUGAUGCUAGUAUAAAUUGGAAGACCGUUUUACCUAAUGCAGAAAAACCUUCAAAGUUGGAUGAUAAUUCCGAUAAUGGUAGUGAUUCAGAUGUGCUUCAAACUCCUCCCGAUAGUGAUGCUGAAGGUGAUACGACAAAGUUUCCAAUCUUUAGGGAACCCACACAACUUGAAGUAGGGAUGAUGUUCAAGGAUAAACAACAAAUCAAAGAUGCCAUAAAGGAGUAUGCUAUGGAGAACAAGAAGAAUCUUGUAUUUAAGAAAAAUGACAAGAAGAGAAUGGUUGUCAAGUGUGUAGAUGGUUGUCCAUUUCAUAUUAGGUUUAGCAUGAGGACUACCAAUCAAUAUUGGCAACUCGUUAGCUUGACUGAUCGUCAUAGCUGUCAUAGGACAGCCAAAAAUAGACAAGCAAAAACGGAUUGGUUGGGUCACCAAUUUGUGUACACCAUAAGACACACUCCUGAAAUAAAAACCAAAGGGCUAAUUGCAGAAGCUAUUAAGAAGUGGGGGGUGAAGUUGUCAAAGGAUCAAGCUUACAGAGCCAAGAAACAGGAAAUGGAAUUAAUUCAAGGUGUUGGUCGUGAACAAUUCACACACCUUAGAAGCUAUGGUGAGGAGUUGUUAAAGUCAAAUACAAACUCCACUGUUAAAAUCAAGUGUGCUGAUUCAGAUGGUGGUCCUGUCUUUGAAAGAAUAUAUGUAUGCUUAGAAGCUUGUAAGGCAGCGUUUGCAACGACGUGUAGGCCUCUAAUAGGACUGGAUGCUUAUUUUCUUAAAGGGGACUUUGGAGGUCAGUUAAUAGGUGUUGUUGGUAAGGAUAGAAAUAACAAGAUUUAUCCAAUCGCUUAUGCCAUAGUGGAAGCUGAAACGAAAGACUCAUGGAAAUGGUUCCUUAAUUUGUUAUUAGAAGACUUACAAUCUAUACAAGACAACAAAUAUGGAUUUAUAUCAGAUCAACAGAAGGGAUUGGUACCGGCUAUUCUUGAGACAAGCCAACAUGUUAAACACAGACUAUGUGUUAAACUCUUGUAUGGCAAUUGGAGAAAGAAAUAUUCGGGGAUAUUUAUGAAGGAGGCUUUAUGGCGGGCAACUAGAGCCACAACAAUUCCUGCAUGGGAAAAAGCAAUGAAUCAUAUGAAAGAGCUCAAUGUCAAUGCUUGGAAAGACAUGAUGGAUGUCCCAGCUGCAUGUUGGACUCGGUCUCAUUUCAAAACAGACACACAAUGUGAUUUGCAAGUCAACAAUAUGUGUGAGGCUUUUAAUCGUGCAAUCUUGGAGUAUAGAGAUAAGCCGAUCAUUUCACUACUUGAAGGAAUCAAACAUUACAUAACAGUGAGAAUAUCUGCUCAAAAGGAGAAAUUAAGUAGGUACAUAGGUGUUACAAGUCCUAGCAUUCAAAAAGUAUUGGAAAAAACAAAGAGGGCAGCAGAAGGAUGGAUUGCAACAUGGCAUGCAUAUGAUGACUUUGCAAUAUUCGGAGUUUCAAACGGUGUUGAGACAUAUGUUGUGAACUUGCUUCAACAAAAAUGUGGUUGUAGGAAGUGGGAUUUAAGUGGAAUACCAUGUUGUCAUGCUAUUGCAUGCAUAUGGUAUAACAAGAAGGAGCCCGAAGAUUACGUUUCAUCAUUCUAUAUAAAAUCUACUGUUCUGGCUACUUAUAGCCAUAUCAUCAUGCCAACCAAUGGCCCACAACUAUGGCCUGUUAAUGUUGCUAACCCAAUCAGCCCUCCAGUCAUGCGAAGAUCUAUCGGUCGUCCUAAGAAGAAUCGUAACAAGGCAAAUGAUGAACCGAGGAUAAGAAAUACACUGCCUAGAACUCUUCAAACUGUCAAGUGCAAGAAAUGUGGAAGUUUUGGCCAUAACAAACGAACGUGUAAAGCGAAGCGAGCUGCGGAGAGAGCAAUUCCUAAAGGUGGCAACACAAAAUCUAUAAAAAAAUGGUGA